AAGAUAUUUUAUACCACUUUUAAUGUGUCCAGGAAAAAGAGAAAGAAACUUCUGAUCCACUAUGACUUAAGGAUAUCUUUGUCGCUACAAGACAAAGAAAACCCGGUCGAACAUACAAGGAAUCGAAUGAAGAUACAACUAGAAAAAUUGCUGAAAUGGAGAGUAUCGAAACACAACAAAGUGAAAAUGGUGAUGAGUCAAUUAAUGCAUUUGCAUCAAUCAUGGGACCCGAACAUCUGGGACGUUUGAGAUUGUAUGGGCGGGGGGUUACAAAAACCUCUUUGAAAGGGAAAGUGGGACAUUUUGAACCCUCUUCAAAUGCAACAAAUGAUCACAUGAAAAAGAUGGAAGAGAGGAUGAUACGAUUGGAGGAAAAAAUUGAGGAACAGAAGGAACAAUAUGAGGAACAAAAGACAAUGAUGAGACAAGAAAUUGUAGAAGAUACCAUAGCAAAACUUCAACGUUCUGGAUUACCAAUUGAUGCUAAUAUUUUAGCAACAUUGUAUUCUCGUCCAUUGGGUCAAGCUUCCUCAACACAAGCAGUAGCUAUUCACCUAAUUCAUCGACCAUCUCUUGGUAGCAACAAUCAAGGUGAAGAAAAUGAACAAAUGGGAGAUGAAAGCAGUGAAGACCUUACUUAAAGAGUAUUGGUUGGUCUACACCUUCAGAUGUUUUGGGACUGUACUUAUUUUUGAAUAUUUGGCAAACUUAUAUGCAAUCUAACUUAUAAUACUAGUUAGAUAUUUUUGAUGAUGAUUUUGUGGAUGAAUAUAGUUUUC